AUGCUUCUUCAACUCCUCGUUGAGCUCAAGCUGUUUAGUCAACUCCUCUUCGGCAGAGUGCCAGAAGUCAAAAUAGAGCUUCUGGCGCUCCUCCACCAACUCGAGCGUCGUCUUGAGCUCCUCAUUUUCGAUAGCGAGCUGGCUGUUGCUCCCAAUGAGAUCGUCAUUUUGGUCAUUGACACACCAAAUCCAUCCUCUUGGGCCAUUGGAGAUAAUCAGGUCAAGUUCAAAGUAUGGCUGUUCGUCGACCUCAUCGGCAGUAUUCCAACGUGA